AUGGCCCAAGUGCGCAAAUAUGCCGCUCUGCCCGACUUGGACGAGUCUCCAGACACAUACGAGACGCCAGACCUGACAGACGAUGCAUCUACACUACCGACGUCAACAGCAUGGUCAGACACAUCCGACACAGAAGCGAACCCCAACAUCAGCCGCAACAAACUCCAUCCUGACGAAGCGCGAUCUCAAUUUCAGUCUUCACGAGUAGACGCAAGGGAGACGGACUUUUCGGACCGUGUGAGCAGUAAGAGAAGAGCAUAUGUUGUGAGCAACAGGGAACAAGGUCAAGAUGGCGACGACUACGACAGCGAGGAUGAGAACGAGAGUCUGCAAAGGAAGCUGGCAAGGUUAAACAGAGAGAUGCAGGAGGUGCAAAACGAACUGGACAAGAGGAAGAGCGAGACAAACGGGACACAAGCACACCCAGAGGACGAGAAUGUCGCUGCUCAACUGGCUCAAUUGAGUACAGCAUUGGACAGUAUGCGCCAAUCUCAAUCCGCGCAAGCUCGUUUGAGCAAGCGACUGGCAACCCCAACAACAGCAAAGGCAGAUGCUGUCACAGUGCCAGAGCCGACCCGCCCUGAAGGGGUCAACAAAGAGACUACCGACACGCAGGCAUUGAACAAGGUCGCCGAUUUUGAUGCCCGCCUCGCGCUCCUCGAACGCCAGCUCGGCAUCACAUCCCUCGAUACACCUGAAGCUUCCACCGCAAACUCAACUUUUACACCCAUCAUCCCCACUUUAUCCUUGCUAGACCGCCAACUAGCCCUGCUCACUUCCUCAUCCUCCCAAUCUCACAUCGACACUCUGGUCCAGAAACUCCAGCAACAGCAAGCCACUCCUACGAAUACCACCACAGAUACCGACCAUGACUCCCAAUCCCCAGAGGACAUGGCAAAACUACGCGCCCUCUAUGCGCUCCUACCAACCCUUACAUCCUUAAGCCCUACGCUACCUCCCUUACUGACCCGCCUGCGGUCUCUGCGAACACUACACGCCAACGCCGUGACAGCAAGCCAAACCCUGGACGAGGUGGAACAAAGACAAGACGAAGCGGAUAAGGAGAUUCGCGAAUGGCGAGACGGCCUCAAGAAGGUAGAGGAAGCCGUUGCCAGAGCAGAGAGCGGUAUGCUCGAGAACAGCGCUGCAGUCGAGGCCUGGGUUAAAGAGUUGGAGGAGAGAGUCAAGAAGCUUGGGUAG